CCGCUCCGAUUCGAUCGCCGAUCCGCCACAACUCCCCUCGUAUGUAUGAGGCCCUCCUUUCCACCACAUCACGGCCAACCCGUUGACUGCCUUCAUUGUAUCGAUCGUUUGCUGACUCAGGAGUUGCAGAGAGGGCAAGGUGGAGAGGGGAGACACUGGCCUCCAACAAUACGGUGGGUACAUAGCUUUGUUUUGAGCACACGCUCUCUUGGUUGCUUCUCGAGAUCUUCAGCCACAAUGUCUCUACUACUAGUCGGACACUCGCUCACAUCGCUCGCUCACAUCGCUCUCCAUGUACGUGGAGAGAAGUGGGAGACCUGCAUGGAGAGCGACUUCCGAUACAUCAUAUCCACUACUAGUACACCCUCUCUCGCCCCCCCGGUCUCUGCAUUCCUGCAGGCGGCGCAACUAUUCUUGAAGCUCGCAUUGCUUUCGUCCACACGCUUCAAUCACCAACUCACUCACACACACACCACACUUGCUUUCUCCACACACACCACCGCCACUACUCCACUCCCAGAUCGUCGGGGUACCGAGUCUCUCGCUUUCCCCCUCCCACCCCCUCCCCCCCUACCCAAAUCGGCAGCAGAGGGGAUUGAUUGAGUGGCUACCAACAUACUUGACUGCUCCUCCCCCUCUUCUUCCCCUACCGCUUCAUCCUUCCUCCAGCCUACCUCUCCAGUCCAAACCAAAACUCCCCCAUCACCUCAAUUCACCCUUCCGGCAACCCUCCGCCAUGUUCGGUAGCUGGUCUUCAUACC